GAGUUCAACCCAGCCUGCCACCAGCUUCUAUUUGAGAGCGUUCGAUGGUGCCAGAAAGUUUCUGGGUUCAAGACCGACCCGUGUAUCUUUGAGGACAUCACAGAGGUUUUGGAAAGCCCGUGGUUUCAGGAUGGCAUGACGUACUCCAAGAAGCUUGAUGCUGGACGCAGGACCUCCUUGGUGGGCAGCAUGCAGUGUAUCUCACAUGGACAGGCGUGCGACAUCCACAAAAAGCCUGUGUUCGAUGUAUCAGGCUUACCCUGCCCUGAUAUGUCGACUGCUGGAAAGAGGUUGAAGAGGGCAGGGCCUACAAAUUCAGUUUACAUUGCCCAUGGCCGAUGGACAACUGAGUCUGAAACUCCCCUGCUCCUGAUUGAGUGCACAAAGGAUUUGGACAUGGGAAUGAUGGAGGACACUCAUCCAGACCAUGAUUUCUAUCAGUUGUUCUCGGAGCCAUCAAAUGUGGGGUUCAGUGGCAUUGCGCGCUACAGGACAUGGGUCAUUGGGGCCCAUAGAAAGCGUACGACCUGUCUAUUUGACCCUUUUCAGUUGCAAGAACUGCUCACUACAGCGUUUCAGAAGAAUGUCAAGGCGCAAGUGGCUGACUUCUUGGUGGCCUCGGAUUUUGAAAUCCAGAUGGAGGCUUCUCGGUUAGCGCUGUAUCGGCAGAUACCUUUCCAGGUUGGCCGGAAGGAUUUACGAUAUCUCCUUUCCGGCAGGGAAGAUGACUGCAGGCAGGCGCUAGAUGGCAAGUACAUGUCACGAUAUGACUCACUGCCUGGCCUCAAUAGCAACCUCGUCUAUUUUUUGGGCGACUCGCCAGAGUACUGUUCAUGGUCAGCGACCUCGGCUAAGAUCCCAACGUACAGGCUGAGUUCCCGAAACAGCCUGUACUGGCUGCCCAGUGCUAAACGUUGGCUUACGCGUAAAGAAAGACUGUGCUCCAUGGGAUUCCCUUGCGUACCUGAAAUUGCAAAUGCUAUGAAGGUUCCCCUUCUGGGGGCCACAGAUGUUCAGCGUGCUGCAGACCUCUGCGGAAAUAGCAUGCACUUUACAACUUGCGGCAUUAUGCAGUUAAUAGCGUUGUCGUCUUUUGGUCCGAAGGGCCAUGAGAAUGGGAGCAGCAGCCGCCGGCAGGACACUUUAUUUGAUUGA